CUGACGGAGGAGGAGACAAUCGAACACACACUGGUUCACUGAAACAAAGGACGGAUCGAAACUCUCCUCCGUGUCGGAAUGGCGGGGCGGCAAUUCGUCGGCGACGGCACGGCGGCGAGCCUCGCCGGGAUGUCGAAGAACCAGCUCUACGACAUCAUGUCUCAGAUGAAGGCGUUGAUCGAGCAGAACCACCAACAAGCGAGAGAAAUACUGAUCCAGAAUCCGCUCUUGACUAAAACCCUAUUCCAGGCACAAAUUAUGCUCGGAAUGGUGCAGCCUCCUCAAGUGCUUCCAAAAAUUCAAGUUCCAGCAUCACAACAGCCUCAGCCGCUAGUGCAGCCUCCUCAGCAGCUACCACAGCCACCUCAGCAACCGAACCCUCAGACAGCUCAUCAAUAUCCUGGUAAAAUUGGUUUUCCAGAUCAAGGGGGUGUGUCUCAAACUCAAUUUCCUACCAGAAAUCAUAGUCAAAGCCAACCCGGAAUGCCAAUUGCAUCGGCUAGUGUUCCUUCAGCUAAUCUUCAGCCUCUCCCUUCACAUGCUCUACAGCCACCUCAGCAGCCUAAGAUGCAUCAAAACGUCCAAGCUACUCCAGUGACCCUUCCUCAACCUUCUCAAGUGCCCACAAUGGCUCCACUCCCACUUCAUUCUGCUCCACAGCCGCCUCCACUUCAACAGCCCCAAAUGCCCACUGCCACAGUCCAGUUGCAACAACCCUUACAGACAAGUGGAAUUCCUCAAGUUCCAUUUCAGCCUCCCUUGCAACCGCCAAUGCAUCCACAAAACAGACCCUCAUCGAUGUCUUCUUUCCAUCAACAGUAUCCCUCUCAGAUAGGCCCUAAUGUCGGGUUUCAUCCCUCUGGUGGUUCUCAGCAUGGAUCACAGCCAUCAUAUCAUCUUCCAGGCCUCCUUCUAGCAUUGGAUCAUUCAGCCAAGGACAGCCUUCACUCCUUAGUCAGCCACCACCUCAAACCAUGUAUCAGUCUUAUUUUUCAGGGCGGAGGUUCACAUCCAGGGAUAGAAUUUAGCCAUCAAAGUGGCGGUCCCAUGCAAGUGGAUAGGGGAUCUUCUUGGAUGCCUGGCCUGUCAGACAACCCUCCACAGCUUCCUGGCCCUCCACCCGUUGUUCCUGGUCAGAUGAGCCAGGGAAGUCAGCCACCUCGUCCUGCUACUCUGUCACCUGAGAUGGAGCAGGCCCUACUUCAGCAGGUCAUGAGCCUCACUCCAGAGCAGAUUAAUCUCCUGCCUCCAGAACAAAGGAAUCAAGUUCUUCAGCUGCAGCAGAUGCUUCGCCAAUGAGAUUAUCUUACUCAUUCUUUCAACGAUUCCUAGUCGCCGUCCUCAACAUCAUCAAUCUCUGUUUUGAGCAUAUACUAAGCUAUUUUUUGGCUACUGACAAUGUUGAGUAAUGCCGAAGGCCCUUGUGGUUGGACAUAUUGCUCCACAUGGGAGGCAUCGAUUCGGCUAUCGCAUGCUUUUAAGUAGUCAUCUCAUCUUUUGUAGGUUUUUCAUAGAUCAGGUUCCAAAGCAUCUGCCUUCUGCUCUCCUGUUUUCUCUUUGAACGUAUGUAUCAAACCUCAUUUUUGGGUGACAAAAUUUUGAAUACUUUUGAGUUAGACAUCCUCGUUUCUCC